ACAGGCCGCUCACUCCACAGGCCUUUGCGCGCGCCUGCAGGGCGGUGAUAGCGUGAUGUUCGAGUAUCGCGAGAAGUGAGACUGUGAGCCGGAAGUGGAGAUGGACGGUGUCGGUUUAAGUGCUAAUAACAAGCAACAGAAACCGAACCAAAUGCUGCCAAAUAAAAUGAGAGGAGAAUUUACUAGAAACCAGAGGAAAGAUUCAGAGGGUUUAUCAGAAGCUCCUGAUCUGGAGUUUGAAUAUUCAGAUGCUGAUAAAUGGACCUCUGAACUGUCAGAGCUGUACAGUUACACAGAAGGCCCAGAGUUUCUUCUCAACAGGAAAUGCUUUGAAGAAGAUUUUCACACUCACAUGCCCGAAAAGAAAUGGACCGAGCUGGAUUCGGUUCAGCACAGGGCUCAUGCCAUGCGUCUGCUAGACGGCCUGGAUGUCAUCGGCAGAGAGCGACGUUUAAAAGUCGCCAGAGCUCUUCUGUAUAUGGCACAAGGGACGUUUGGUGAGUGUAGCUCCGAGAUGGAGGUCCAGCACUGGAUGAGAUAUAACAUCUUUCUACUGUUGGAUGUUGGAGCUUUCACCGCUCUGGUGGAGCUGCUCAAUAUGGAAAUCGAUAACAGUGCCGCAUGUAGCAGCGCCGUCAGGAAACCUGCAAUCUCUCUGGCCGACAGCACUGACCUCAGGGUGUUGUUGAACAUCAUGUACCUCGUGGUGGAAACCAUCCAGCGUGAAGAACCUACAGACACUCCAGAGUGGAGAACCAUCAGAGAAACCUUCAAAUCUGAACUCGGUUCUCCUCUUUAUAACCAUGAGCCCGUCUCAGUCAUGCUUUUUGGGAUGGUGACCAAGUUCUGCAGCGGUCAUGCCCCUCAUUUCCCAAUGAAAAAAGUUCUGCUGCUCCUCUGGAAGACCAUCCUGUUUACUCUUGGAGGAUUCGAGCAGUUGCAGAGCAGUAAGAUAGGUAAACGUGCAGCGCUGGGUUUGCCGCCCCUGCCGGAGGACACCAUCCGUGUGGUGAGGAGUAUGAGAGCGGCAUCUCCACCGGCGUCUGCCUCCGAUCUCAUCGAACAACAGCAGAGACGUGCCAGGAGAGAACACAAGGCUCUCAUAAAGCAAGACAAUCUGGAUGCAUUUAAUGAGAAAGACCCAUAUAAGGCAGACGACUCUCGCGAGGAGGAAGACGAGAAUGAUGAUAACGACAACUCUAUGGAGUCGGAGCCAUUCCCGAUGGAGCGUGAUGAGGUCAUGCCCCCACCCAUCCCUCAUCCACCCACUGAGAGGGUCUGUUUUCCCAAGGGUCUCCCCUGGGCUCCUAAAGUCAGGGAAAAGGAUAUCGAGAACUUCCUGGAGUCCAGUAGGAGUAAAUUCAUCGGUUACACUUUGGGAAGUGACACAGAUACGGUGGUUGGUUUGCCCAGACCGAUCCAUGAAAGCAUCAAAACGCUCAAACAGCACAAGUAUGUGUCCAUCGCUGAGGUUCAGAUCGCUAAAGAAGAAGAAUUUCAGAAGACGCCUCUGUCUGGAGGUGAAGAGGAGUUGGAGUUGUGCGCCACAGAGCUCUUGUACCAGGGUAUUUUACCCAGCUUACCACAGUAUAUGAUCGCUCUCCUCAAGAUCCUGUUGGCUGCUGCUCCCACGUCUAAAGCAAAGACCGACUCCAUCAACAUACUGGCAGACGUGCUACCUGAAGAAAUGCCUACCACAGUUCUUCAAAGUAUGAAGUUGGGUGUAGAUGUAAAUCGACAUAAAGAAAUCAUCGUAAAAGCCAUUUCAGCUAUACUCCUGCUGCUGCUGAAACACUUCAAACUCAAUCACGUCUAUCAGUUUGAGUACAUGGCUCAGCACCUGGUGUUUGCCAACUGCAUUCCACUCAUCCUCAAGUUUUUCAACCAGAACAUCAUGUCCUACAUCACCGCGAAAAACAGCAUCUCGGUUUUGGAUUUCCCACAUUGUGUCGUGCAUGAGCUUCCAGAACUCACAGCUGAGAGUCUGGAAGCUGGUGAUAAUAAUCAGUUCUGCUGGAGGAACUUAUUCUCCUGCAUCAACCUGCUGCGCAUCCUCAAUAAACUCACCAAAUGGAAACACUCCAGGACAAUGAUGUUGGUGGUUUUUAAAUCUGCUCCCAUCCUGAAGAGGGCGCUGAAGGUCAAGCAGGCCAUGAUGCAGCUCUAUGUGCUCAAACUGCUCAAAGUUCAAACAAAGUAUCUGGGACGGCAGUGGAGGAAGAGCAACAUGAAGACAAUGUCUGCGAUAUACCAGAAAGUGCGUCAUCGCCUAAAUGACGACUGGGCUUACGGAAACGCAGACCUGGACGCCCGCCCGUGGGACUUCCAGGCUGAAGAAUGCGCCCUGCGUGCCAACAUCGAGCGUUUCAACAGCCGGCGCUACGACAAGAACCAAUGUAACCCGGAAUUCCUCCCGGUGGACAACUGCCUCCAGAGCGUCCUGGGACAGCGUAUUGACUUACCAGAAGACUUCCAGAUGAACUAUGACCUCUGGCUGGAGCGUGAGGUCUUUUCCAAACCCAUUUCUUGGGAAGAGCUUCUACAGUGAGUCGUCUCUUCACGAAUACAGUUCUUCAAAUGACACUACGCUUUACGGAGUCCAACAACAGGGACCAUUACCUGUGUGUGUGUGUGUUUGUGUAAUAUAAUCCCACAUCUCCUACAGUUUUUAUUUUUAGAAAGGGAAGUGUGUUAGCCAGAUGUGCAAUGAGGUCAUUUUUAUGUUUGUUUUAUUGUUUAUCUUUAACUGAAUAUUAAAUCUUAUGUUAUUGUAUUUAUCCUGAAGUGCUUUUAUGACUGUAAAGCUUUCUAAUACAAUACAGUGACUCUUCUCUGUGGA